CAAUUUUCGUUACAUUCGAGGGUGGGCGGGUGGUCCCUCCGCCUGUUUCGGGUCGGCCAUCCCCGUUUGUUUGACAGGAACUGGUUUGUUUGAUGGUCUUGGGGGUGGGUAGGCAGGCAUGGGGGCAAUGGGACUCGAGGUUGGCGGGUUCCUUGCAGCAGAAGGGUUCAUUGUCUCGAUCGAGUAUGUUCUUCCCGCUCGUAUCAAGGACCAGUCGGAAACUGGCCGCUACAGAAGCUAACCUCACCACGAGGAUAUCCAUCUCCCCGUGGCGAUCAUUCCUCCUCCCCAUAACUAUCAUACUGUGUAGUGGGUCCCAUAUAGGGGCGUGUCAACCACGUUCCACCGCACCGUUGACUCGCCUCGCUCAGCCGAGCUGUUUACCGUUGAACCACGGACGGGUUUGUUUGUUUUGUUUUGAGACACCAUGCUCUCAGGGGAGGCAUGACGCCGACGGUUGCACAGCGUUCCGGCUUGCAGCCCCGGGGGAUCAGGUGAUCCCCUUCGAGGUCGCCGGGGAGAGACCGGUUUUGGACUCGGGGCCGGCAUCACAGGCGCCAUCUCGCAGAGCACACCGUGUGGGCGGCACGGUAACCAAGGCGGGUGCCGUACACGGUAACUAACGGGGAUGGAGUGCGAAGCUUGCCCGGAAGGAACGGGUCCCGGUUGGGGACGUUUAAAUCAGGCAA